AUAAUGCACGUAACGCAUAGCAACGCAUAAAAUAUGGCGGAUGUUGUCAUUUUUGGAUUUGGAUAAAAAAGAAAAUAAUGGCUUAAAUAUUCACAAACUGUCUUUUUAAUAUAUUUGUACAGGCACAUCAGUGAAAAUACUGUAUUUUUAGAAGUUUCUGUUCUUUUUAAAUAGAAAGAUAAUGGCAGCGUUACAGACGAUGCAAACCGAAAAGUUUGCAACUUCAACGGGAAUGAUGGAGAGUAAACCAACAGUGCCCGUUGUUACACAUGUCAUCACUGACGAAGACAUUGGCGCUUUACAGGGAUCUAAGUUGGUGGCAAUGAAUCUUAACAGAGUAGUGAAGUUGCUGACAGAUCCACAUUCUGCUAUGCUGUAUGACAGACAUGUAAAUGCAUUACAGCGACUGCUGAGACAUUAUCCAAAAGGAUUUCCAAUGAAAGAUUUAGUUCAGGUAUUCAAAAUAUUGAAUGUAUGUGCUGAUCGUGUCAAUGAACAACCUCGAUAUGAACAAUUCAUUGUUGAUAUACUGAAGAUCUGCAGCCUGCCUUUCUUAAAGGAGAAAUCUUCUGAUGAACUUAUAUAUGAACAGAUUGUGAUAGAGUCAAUCUCUCAGCUUGGUUAUUUAAUGCGAGUGGUUUCAGUGGAAGUGAGGAAACAAAUCUGCGACACAUUAUUAGCUUUUUAUUCAGAAACACCAGCUAACCAAGAAGUUCAGUAUCACAAAGCAUCAACAAUACAAUACAACCAAAAAGUAGUAGAGAACAGUGAUAUUGCAGAGACUUUAGUGAAAUCCCUGACCUUGCUGGAGACAGAUUUACCAGUCAAACUAGCUGUGCUGAAUGUGCUUCAGAAAUUCUCUAAAACAUCUGCGAAGAUAUGCGAGGCAAUGCUACGCGCAGAUGCUGCACAUCGUAUCUGUUCACGUUUAAUGGAUGUCGACCCCUCGGGACAGCUUUUGUUUCGCUCAUCAGAUAUUUUAUGGAACUUGCUAGAGAAAGGAGAUCAAGCUACCUUAACUUCACAGUUAAAUAACCUUACAUGUAUCAGUCAACUUCGUGAUGCAUUUAUCUACCAAUUAACACAAGGCUACAGUCAUUAUGACAGACAGUUGAGAAAUGAUUUACUUGUCCUUGCGUCUAUUGUAGCAAGCAAAUGUCCUGAUGCACCAUUUGUCGAGACAGGAUUUGCUAAACAAUUAGUCUUGUUUGCAACCUUUCAAGAAGUAAAAAGCCAUAAUGCUUUGGUUAAACAUUUGAAGUUGAUGCAGAAUCAUGAAGACUUUGAGUUGAAGAAAAUGCUGUUUAAUAUCAUGGUUACAUUGAGUAAAGAAUCUACAGUUUUACCUAUAUUAUCAGAGGGUCAUUUGAUGUUGGCUCUGUUUUCAUUUGUGAGAGCCAAUGAGAGUCAGUCUGGCCCCAGGGAAUGGACACCAGCACAAUUUGAGGAACUACAACUUCAAGCCAUGUCAUGUUUAUGUGCUCUAUGCCCGAAGAUGUUAGAGGAUUAUAUGACAGUACAGGGCAGUACUAGAAUCCUACUGUUACUGGAAUGGUGUGUGGGAGCAGAGGAUUUUGGAGGUCAUGGUAACAGUAUACAUGGUGUUGGUGGCCGUGGUAACAAGCGAGCACAGAUGCGUUACUGUCUUCGUGUUUUACGUAGUGUAGUAUCUACUGGAGAUGAACUAGCAUUACAGGACCUCGCUGAUCAGGGGGCUAUCAAUCAGAUUAUAAGUAUGUGUGCUAUUGUUGGUUGCUAUGCAACAGAAGAUUAUUUUCUAGAGAAGGAAGGAGUUUUCCUGCUUAUUGACCUUUUACAGCAAUGUCCAAAAGGUAUGGAUAACCUGAUACUAGGUUGUCUCCUGGAUUUAUGUGAGAAUCCAAAGACUGUCCAUCAUGUACUGACCUGGAGAGGUCAUGAGAACAUCUCCGCUGCUCACCUUUUCUGUGAAAUUUGGAGAAAUGAAGAAAGAGAAAUUGGUGUUAAACGAGACCCAAAUGGCGCUAUUUCUGAUGUAAGGCGACCAUUGAUGGGAAAAUUACAAGAGGGUCAAGGUGUAAUACCUCUGCCAGCCAAUUGCAUGUCUCAAGCCAUUGUUGAUGUGUCGGAAAACAUGCGGGCAAAAAUAUACUCUCUUUAUUGUAAAAUAGGGUUUACAGAUUUACCUGGGUUGACUGUUGAAGACCACAUUACUCUUACUGUCAUUGAAAAAUACCUCGACUUCAAGAUGGGUGAGGUGUGGACAGAGAUCUUGUCAGAGUUAGAUCAGGAAAAGGUCAGACCAACAACACCAGAUAUGGAGGCAGUUGAAGCCAUUUCUCGUGCGAUAGAGAACCGUGCAGAGAUUGUGGCUGGAACUCAACAAGAAUUACUGGAGGCCCAGCAAAGUCAGGAUGUGCUCAAUGAACAAGAGUUUUAUGCUGAGAUUAGAGAAAACUACAGACAGAAAGAGAAACAACUGAAUGACUUCUCUGAUUAUGUUGCCAGGACAUCAAACUAUGAACUUCUUAAGGCUGCCAAAGAGCGUCAAGAUUAUUCAGUUGAAGCCUCAAGAAUACCAAAUGAAUAUAAAACAUCUGACUUCUUUCACGAAACAGACGUGCCCAAUCUUAAAACAACAGCAUUCAGUAGUAGAAAUGUCACCAUUGAUAGUACACCUCUGGAACUCACUGGUGGACCACUAUCCAAGUAUGAUCCUAUGACAGGCACUAGAAAGGUCCGCAGAGUAAACAAACAGCCAGCAUAGUCUGUAAUGAAUGAUGAUGGAUUCUGUGAUUGUUUUUAUAUAAAAAAGGGAUAAACUAACAAUAUUUAUACAUCAUACAAGCUGCUAGAUAUAUUGGAUCUUCAUAUCAUUCAUGUGUUUGUGAUUCCAAUCUGUGUUUUAUUAUGUCUAAUGCUGUUAACAGUUUUAUAAAUUA